CGCCUUCCUGCCGGCGCGGCUCCUCCUCCGGCCGGUCAAUAUGGUGGCGGAGGCGGCACUAGGGGAGCCGUGAGCUGGGGCUAGUGUCCGUUCUCCUGCCUGUCUUCUCUCUCAGCCGGUGGUGGCCGCCGCUGUUACUUCCCCGCUCGUGUGGCGGGUCUUCCCGGUGCGGCGGGCGAUGCAGUCGGGAGUGCUGCCGGGCUGUGUGUGAGCGCGGUGCCCAUGUGGGUGUCCCGGUGAGGCCGGGAGGGCAGCGGGAAGAUGCUGCUGUCGCUGGUGUUGCACACCUACUCCAUGCGCUAUGUCCUGCCUGCCGCCGUCAUGAUGGGCACGGCGCCCACCUACGUGCUGGCCUGGGGCGCCUGGCGCCUGCUCUCCGCCGUGCUGCCCGCCCGCUUCUACCGCGAGGUGGACGACCGCCUCUACACCAUCUACCAGAGCAUGGUGCUCUUCUUCUUCGAGAACUACACGGGCGUGGAGGUAAUAAUCUACGGCGAUUUGCCAAAAAAUAAAGAAAAUGUAGUAUAUUUAUCGAACCAUCAGUGUACAGUGGAUUGGAUUAUUGCAGACAUGCUGGCAAUUAGGCAGAAUGCUCUUGGGCAUGUCCGAUAUGUCUUGAAAGAUGGAUUAAAAUGGCUUCCACUCUACGGGUGGUAUUUUUCACAGCACGGAGGAGUCUAUGUGAAAAGAAGUGCCAAAUUCAAUGAAAAAGAAAUGAGAGAGAAGUUGAGGACCCAAGUGAAAGCUGAGACUCCUAUGUAUUUAGUGAUUUUUCCAGAGGGAACCCGUUACAAUCCAGAAAUACCAAAAGUCAUUGCAGAUAGUCAGUCAUUUGCUGAAAAAGAAGGACUUGCUGUAUUAAAGCAUGUGCUAACACCACGUGUGAAGGCAACUCAUGUAGCCAUUGACACAAUGAAGGACUAUCUGGAUGCUGUCUAUGAUGUGACUGUAGCUUAUGAAGGUACUGUGGACCACAAAGGGCAAAGAAAACUGGCACCAUCUAUGACAGAGUUUCUUUGCAAGGAAUGCCCGAGAGUUCAUAUUUUCAUUGAUCGAAUCGAACUGAAGAACAUUCCAGAGGAGCAGAUAUACAUGAGAAGGUGGCUUCAUGAACGCUUUGAAAUAAAGGAUAAGUUACUAAUAGAGUUUUAUGAUGCGAAAGAUUCUAAAAGAAGAAACAAGUUCCCUGGGAAAAGCGUCCAUUCCAAACUGAGCCUCAAGAAAACUUUGCCAUCCUUGCUGUUUUUAGGUGGCCUGACUGCUAGUAUGCUUCUGACAGAAUCUGGAAGGAAACUUUAUGUAAAAACAUGGAUAUAUGGGACUUUAAUUGGCUGCCUGUGGGUUAGCAUUAAACCGUAAGCAGAUGUUAGUCUCCAGUCAGUGAAAUGUGCAGUCUUUUCCUGCACAUGGCACCAAACUUUUUCCUGAGUUUAUAGUUAAAAAAAAAAAAAGUGUAAAUAAAGCCUUACUGAUUGAACAUUGGAAGUAACAGAAAUAAUGACUUAAGCCUCUGUGUGGUUGGUUCGGGGAAAAUAAAUGUAGAUUUUCAAAUUUGCUACUGAAUUUUGCAGAUAAACUGAAGUCAUAUGAUAAAUUGCUUUCCCAUGAACUAACAUUCAUCUCUAUCUGCAGAUCUGAUGAAAUGAGUUAUGCAUCAGGGUGUCUUAAGUGGACCUGUGAAUGUAUUUACAGAGAUUAAUUUAGGGUAUAUAUUUAUUAUUCCGGUAUUCAUGUUGAUUUUUUGUUGUUGUUGUUGUUGUUGUUGCUCUGGUGCACUGCAGCAGCUCAGUUGCAUCUAUCCCAGCUGUACUGCAACUAAAUCAAAACUUUUUCUCUUUGAUUUUGCUUUUCAGUUUUAGCUAAAUACUAUAUUCUUUAAAAGGGACUAUGUAAGCUGGCAAAUUAUGAGGUGUUACCUGAAGCAGAAUGAAAUGUUCCUGAGAACUACAGUACAUAGGGAAGAAGCUCUGUUUAUGUAGUGCAUGAUUUUUGUGUUAUAUUACAGAAUUAGCUGAUUAUUUUACAGAUGUAAAACAUUAAAUUUUACUGAGGAAACAGCUUAUUUUGUGCACCCUGUAGCUGUGCAUAAAAUGAACAUAUGCAGUAUAAUGAAAUGUUAAGGGUUUGGUUUUUUACUGAUCUAACCAGACUGUAGCCUGCAUUGUCCUUAGCACCUCAAGAGGUUCAGCUGAGCUCACAAACCUUUAUGUGUCCAUGCCACAAGCAGAAGUUUCCUGUUACCUCACAACUGUUGUCCAGGUAGUGCACAGAAUUACUAUAACUUAUGAGCAUUAGGGUAUGGUAACAAGGAACCUGCAGGUGUUCCUGCUAACUCUGAAGCAUGUGCCUUUUCCUACUAAUCUAAUUUAGUCCAGCAGUCAUCUCUGUGCUGUAGUGUCACACUAGAUUCCCCAAUCAUUCUAGGCAAUGCAGACUGCAGUUGAAGUUUCAAGAUUGAUGGGUAUGAUUUGCACCGUAGUCUAGUAGUGAAAGAAACACUUAUCCUCUCUGUAUUUCACCUGCUUGAAGAUAUACUUUUAAAAGCAAAAGCAACAAACCCUUACUACCAGAAAGACUGUGAUUCCAUGGCUGGUAUUUUUGUUGAAGAAAUGUCAAUUUCUUGGAAUCAAGGGAAUAGUCUAUAUGUACAGUGGUGGGGUAGGAAAGAGGAUGUAUUUUGUCUUCUUCCAUUAGGGAAUUGGACUCCCUAUAUCAAAAUGAAAGAACUAGAGAAUAUUUUUAUAUCACACUUGCAAGCUUUAAAUGUGCAUCUCUCUCUAGCUUCAGUACUAUUUGUCUUGCAUUAGAGUACAUUGUGAGUUAAGUGUCA